GACUGUAAUCAUUGAAACUACUACUGUCGCCUCAUUGUGAAUUAUUUUGCCUCACUAUCGGUGUUUAUUAACUAGAAAUAUCAGAGGAUGUAUUGAAUGGAGCCUGAGAUGGGACACGAUGCUCCUCCUUCCAAAUGAAUCAGAAGUCUCGGGCAUCUGGACAUUGGUUGUGGAUAUAUCCCUGAAUACACCACUUGCUGUGAGAUGUGUGGACGAUGUGCGAGGCUUCUGGCGUCGUUAAAGUUAGACCUGCGGUGAGAGAUUUAUUGGAAGAAAAACCCCAACUGGAAGGAAACCGCGACUGAAAACGAGGGAACAGCAACAAAUGAACCAGCCCGAAGACUGAGAGCAUCAACUGGACAGAACCCUCCUGACUCAGAGUUUCCAUUGAUUCGUUCAGCAGAAAGUCUGAACAGUAAAAACUGAUCACACCUCUCACCAAAAUGCGUCAAUGUUCGAGCAGUGGAGGGGCUCCAGUGACGUCAACAUCGGGAAAGGACAUGGGUCCAAGCUCAGUGAUCACCGAGCUCCUGGCAAGCUGGGACGAUUCCCAGCUGCUGCAGUUGACGGAUAUCUACCGGGACAGGCUGGAGCAGGCGAUGGAAGGAGGGGUGCACGGAGUGAGCCUGGCGUUAAAGGCCGAGAAUCAGUUCAGUGGAGAGGAACAUCGAAAAAUCUCUGAUCUCGCUGAUAAGGGAGAGCGGGCGGACAGUUCUAAACUCCUCCUGAGCCUGGUGAUGGAGAAAGGCUCCCGCGCCCGGAGGGUGAUGUGGGAAACCUUUGUGAAAAUGCGGAUUGAAGUCCCAAAGUUUGACAAAAUACUGAAGGAAAUACAGGAACAUGGUUGUGUUCCGGUUCAUCCACCCGUACCGGAAAUUCCCAGUGAGCUGAAAGAUGUUCAACAGAAACACAAGGAGACUCUGCGGUCACAAACUGAAACACUGAGAGUGAACACGAUCCUGAUGAGGGAGAAGGUGAAGGUUUUCCAGCUGGUUGAUCGAUACGCUGAGCUCACGGUCAUUUCUACUGUUCGAGAUCGGAGACUGGUGGAACAUGAGCUGCUGGCAAGAGGCAAAGACCACCGGAAGUGGAGACAGGCACAUCUCUGUGGAAAGUUGGAAACACUCCGGACGGAUCAGCUGUUCCAGAGCAGCUUUUCCCGGAGUAAAACCAAAUCUGGGUGUUCGGCAGCAGUGGCUGGAGUUUCGGGGAUCGGAAAAACAACAAUGGUACAAAAGAUUGUUUAUGACUGGGCCACUGGGAAAAUAUACCAACAGUUCCAGUUUGUCUUCAGUUUCAAAUUCCGGGAUUUAAACUCCAUUAACUGCAGAAUAAACCUGAGGGAACUGGUUCUGGAUCAGUAUCCUUACUUUGGGAAUAUCCUGAGAGAAGUCUGGAAGAACCCAGAGGGAUUGCUGUUUAUAUUCGAUGGUUUGGAUGAAUUCAAACAUAGAAUCGAUUUUGCUGACAGUCGGAGAGACACAGAACCCAAGCACCAGUGCCCAGAUCCCGAGUGGUGGUGUGAAGUGUCUGACAUUGUGUACAGUUUAAUCCAGGGCAAGCUGCUCCCAGGGUGUUCAGUGCUGGUGACCACUCGUCCCACUAAGUUACUUUUAUUGGAAAAGGCGAAAAUCGGUGUCUGGGCUGAAAUCUUGGGAUUUGCUGAUGAGGAACGGAAGGAGUAUUUCAUCAGGCAUUUUGAAGAUCAGACGGUGGCAGCAGCUGUUUUCAAACAUAUGGAGGAGAACGAGAUCAUGUACACCAUGAGCUACAACCCCUCCUACUGCUGGAUCCUUUCUCUGGCACUGGGCCCCUUCUUCACACAAAGAGUCAUGGACCCACAGCGAGUUCCCAAGACCAUCACCCAACUGUACUCCUACUAUAUUUACAACAUCCUGAAAAACCAUGGCCGUGAGAUUGACAACCCCCGUGAUGUUUUUCUCAGCGUUGGUCAGAUGGCCUUCAGAGGAGUGUCCGAGAGGAGGAUUGUGUUUACGGAUGGAGAUUUGAUCAAGUUCAAUCUGCAGUCUUCCCAGUUCCUGUCCGGGUUCCUGAUAGAGCUUUUGGAGAGAGAGGAUUUUGCCCGGAGUGUGGUGUACACAUUCCCACACCUCACCAUCCAAGAAUUUGUAGCGGCAGUCGCACAAUUCCUGAAUCCACAUCCCGGGAAUAUCCGGAAAUUCCUCACCGAAGCCCACAACACGACAGAUGGGAGAUUUGAGGUAUUUCUUCGUUUUGUUGCUGGUCUCUCCUCUCCAAUGACAGCUCGGGGCCUGGAGGAGUUUCUGGGUCCAUUUCCUCAUCACACAACCUGCCGGGUGAUUGACUGGGUGAAGGAGGAGGUUAAACGCCAGAGUGGAAACACAUGGAGCGAAGCUGGUAAAAGGAGACUCCUGAAUACAUUACGCUACCUGCUUGAGUCUCAGAAUCGUGGACUGGCUCAGGCCGCACUGGGAUCUGUGGAAACACUUUCAUUCAGUAGAAUGACACUGACCCCGACUGACUGCAUGGUCCUGUCUCAUGUCAUCGGGUUCUGUGACACAAUAAAACACCUCGACGUGCAGGGCUGCCACGUUCAGUGUGAAGGAAUCCAGCGGCUGGGACCCGGGCUGCACAAGUGCCAGGAGUUGGGACUUGGGACGAAUGACCUGGGAGAUUCAGGAGUGAAACCGGUGUCUGCAGCUCUGAGGAACCCGGAGUGUAAAAUACAGAAACUGUGGCUGAGCCGUAUCAGUCUCACAGAUUCUGGUGCCGAGGAUCUCGCUUCCGCUCUCAGUACAAACCGAUCACUGACGGAGCUGAAUAUGAGUUAUAAUAAACUGGGAGAUUCAGGAGUGAAACUGGUGUCUGCGGCUCUGAGGAACCCGGAGUGUAAAAUACAGACACUGUGGCUGCGGGAUGUCGGUCUCACAGAUUCUGCUGCCGGGGAUCUCGUCUCCGCUCUCAGUACAAACCCAUCACUGUCGGAUCUGAUCCUGGGAUCAAACUCUCUGACAGACCGAUCUGUCCCCGGUCUCCGCCGCCUCAUACAGACCCUCCCGAGUCUGAAGUGGAUUCUGCUGUGGGGGAAUCAGUUCAGUGAGACCGGGGAGAAGGAACUGAGAUCUCUGCAGGAACCCAGACCCGGACUGAGAGUGGAUCUGUGAACAUCUGAAUGUGUGAACAUCUGAACGUGGGGAAUCGGUUCAGUGAGACCGGGGGGAAGGAACUGAGAUCUCUACAGGAACCCAGACCCGGACUGAGAGUGGAUCUGUGAACAUCUGAAUGUGGUGAAUCGGUUCAGUGAGACCGGGAGGAGGAACUGAGAUCUCUCCGGAAACCCAGACCCGGUCUGAGAGUGUUCCUGUGAACAUCUGAAUGUGUGAAAAU